GGUGCACGGACGUGAAGGGGGCGACGUGGGAGCCCGACGAGUGUCUGCCCGCGUGCAUGGACACGCUCAGGAUAAACGCGAAGAAGGAGUGGAUCAGGAAGCGCCGAGAGCAGGAAAUUGCCAUGGCCGAGCGCGCGCGGGCGAAGAAGCGGGCGGACGACGAGGCGGCGGCCGCCCAGAAGCGCGCCGGGGCCCAGGGCCAGCCGCCGCUCAAGCGCCUGCGCUCCGAGGACGAGGAGAGCAAGAAGGCCCCCGCGUCCAGGAGGUCGACCAAGAGGGACGGCAACCCGCUCCACCAAGACGUGUUCCUCUCGGAGUGCGGCCACGACUUCACGGCGCCGAGCGCCGACAAGAUAGGCGAGAUCCGCUCGGGCUGGCCGAAGUCUGCAGAGGAGUAUCCGAAGGGCUACGGCGUCGCAAAUCCUCCAGGCUUCUGCACGGAGGGCUGCGAUUGCAUGGACGACCAGCGGCCUCAGCGCUCGUGGGAGACCACGAAGCAGUGGAUCGAGGACCCCAACCGCACGAGCAGCGUGCGCAAGGCCGUUGAGGAAUUCGGGCAGCAGACGCGCUUCGUCCGCAGGCGCGGCCAGG